CGCAUGCUCGUCAGCUCGUUUAGUCAUCGACAUCGUAAACAUGAGAGCGCUUCCAUCUUGUGAAGAGGCUGAAUUCAAUUAAUUGAGUGUUUGUUGAUUGCAUGAAAACUACAAGCCUUUAACCUCAGGGAUGUUUUUGUGUGGAGAAAGGCAUGAAGGAUAGACAGUCAUUGUAGUGCAUCGUCAUAUCCUGUUCUGUAACAAAAGCAAAUUGAGACAGCUAAUUGCAAAGGAUGUCUGCAAAGAAAGGUUCUACCUCAUUUUCAGCUGAAGAUUCACCUCCUGCGAGCCAAGUGGAAAUACCAGUAUCAACCAUUGUCCUUAAGGAUGAGAGAUCAUGGAAAUCAUUUCUUGGACCAUCAGAUUCUGGAUCUUCGUCGAUUUUACAGAUGAAUGCUGAUGACAUUUCUGCUGGAGCAUUGGGUUUUUUUUAUGAUUACUAUGGUAUAACUGAAGAAACACAGCAAGGUCCACCAUCUCCAGUAACAAGUCCUUUUACAUCAAGCAAUGAAGAUUCCAAACCAGUUUCAAAUGUUUCAUCAAAUUGCAGCGAAAAGAGUGAUCUGUACCUAUGCUUGGACCAACUAUGUACAGAAGCCAGGGACUCAUCUGGAGAAGAUGCCACAGCAGCUCAGGAUUCCCAGACAAAGGGAAGGCAACUCAAUGACGAAGACUCACCAUUCUCAACAACAUCAGCAACUGUCAGUGUCUCUGCAUCAGCAGCAGAUGAGGAAUUACCACCCGGCAAAGAAAUAAAUGUGAAACCAGAAAGAACCUCCCCAACUUCGCCAGAUGAUGGUUCAACUUAUGGAUUUCUAGCUGGUGAAAAGGAACUUGCUACAUUUGGAACAGACUGUGUACAACAAACAUUGACUUGUUCAGAAGAUGAAAGAUAUAUAAAUAUUUUGGAAGCACAGACUUCAAUCAUCCAGAAAAAAGGGGAGGAUUCGUUGACAUACCUGAAUAAAGGCCAAUUUUAUGCCAUUACUUGCGAAGCUACAAAACCAUCUUCAGUUCCCAGUGACAGAGUAAAGUCGUUUAUUUAUCUGGCAUUCCGGGAUGAGAAAGAUCCUAGAAAUGAAAUGAACCACUGGCACUUUUGGUGUUCACAGCAGCCAAAUCCAAACCAAAGGGCAUUUGAUAUUGACAGGAAGGCUUGCCAGAAUGUGGAUGAGUUCAUUGAUGAAAUAGGUUACAAUGCAUUUGGAUUCACUUGGAAUCCCCAUGGUAAAGCCAAGGUCGUUAUUCGUAUCAACUGCCUAAGCACAGAUUUCUCACCACAGAAGGGUGUAAAGGGUAUCCCUCUACACCUGCAAGUUGACACCUACGAAGAUUUAUCCAAGCAAGAUGAAGACCCUGUCUAUCGUGCAUUUUGUCAGAUAAAAGUAUUUAGAGAUAAGGGUGCAGAAAGAAAAAACAAAGAUGAGUCUAAAAGUGCUGAGAGAAGACUCUUAAAAUUUUUAAAAAAUGGUUCAAAUUCAGCUUUACACAACAUCAGCUCAAUUUUUCAAGGUCCAAAUAAGGUGACAAAAUUCAACUCUGUAUCAACAAAAGGAGAAAAACCAUGGGUUUUCAUCCCAAAAACCCAAACUUAUGGAAAAAGCUGUUCAUCAGAUGAAAGUUGUACAGGGUCACACACAUCUACAGCAACAACCGCAUCACCACCACCAUUGUUUGCCUCCAUUCGAUCUCAAGAAUCAAAGAGGCAGCUGGCUGCAGCUGUAAAUGUUGCUAAGGCUGACUUGGAGGACUUAUCAAUGUUGCCAAAGCAACCAAAAUGUAGAGUAAUGAAGCGAAAAACUCCAGCUGUGACUAUAUAUGUCAGAAAGGAAGAAGAAAAAGUUUACAAUGCUUUAAUGUUGGAAAACCUGACUUUGAAGGAUUUGAAGGAUGCUGUUGCACAUAAGUAUGGCAUGCCGGCAGAGAUGGUAAAGAACUUAUAUAAGAAAACCAGAAAAGGGAUUUUAGUUAAUAUGGAUGAUGCCAUGGUAGAACAGUUUGUGGAUGAAGAUGACUUCUUAAUACAAGUGAACUUUGAUAAUCAGCUUGGUCACUUUGAGCUGACAUUCCACUAUUGAUAGGGCCUGGCUUUGCCAGGGUCUAUAGAGUUCAUUUGCUUUUAAUUUUUUUAAGAAAGGGAAGUCUAUGAAUUAUCAAAUGCAUACUGGCUCCUCUUGUCCAUAUAGCCCAUGGUUGUUAAUGAAAUGUCAUUCAGAUUUAAAACUGUUUCAUUGGAAAAUCUUUGAAAAUAAUGGAUAGCCUUGUAAAAAGCAAAGAGGUCGGUUUAUUUAUUUUGAAGCUAAAUUGAAGAGAAAUGCUGUUAUCAAGUAUUUGUCUAUAUUAAGGUAGUCACAACAUAUAAAGCUUGAGUUAAACUUAAGUUAUUUGGGUUUUUUUUAUAUUUGUGAGAAAGUAAGAACAGUUUUUUAGAGUACUGAAUAACCAUGGAAGUGACAGCUGAAAACAUUUUUGAGGAACAAAUGUAUUCCCCUAGCAUUCCUUAAAAUCUAUGCCUCUGGUUAUCUACAUGCUUUAAAGAAUGCAAGAGAAGUAGAAAAGUUAAGAACGAUUUCAACAGCAUGCCAAUGCACUUUUGGCUCAUUUCAAGAUAAUUGUGAAGUUAAAGGCUGUGGUUUAGCGAUUAAUGUCAGCAUAAAUAGCAUUUCCCUUUGUAAUACAAAGCAGGACUGUUCACCAUAUAACUAGGAUUUCUUGUUUAUUUUUUCAAUGCAAAACAAAGGAGAUGGGUUUGCAUAGCUAAGCGAGGGCCUUAUUUCUUGUGUGUUUCAAACAGUUUGUUAUAUCAGAUAGGACUGUUUUUGAUAUGGUUUUAUGAUGUUUAUUUAAUAGUACAUGUGACAUCACAUACAGAUACAAACAAUGGCACAUACUACAGUAGCAAUGCCAUAGGGAAAAUAAAGUCCCUGUUGCCAUUUAGAGGCACUUUUCACAUAAGGUGAUAGUUAAGGGUUAACAAUAGGCUCAACAGCAUAUUUACAUGUGGGAAAACGUUGAGAAUUAGUCCUGCAUUGUUAAUUGGAAAUUGCAGCUAUUGCCUAAUGUCUAGUCUAGCUAAUGGGAAUUUAAAUGGGGCAUAAUGUUUUUAACAAAAAUACAAUUAAAAAAUAAAUGCGUAACCUGGUUUUGCUAUUGUUUUUUGCAAACAAAGAAUGUGUUUGUGUAAUCAGAAACUCUGUUAAAUUUAUGUUGUCAUAUGUAUGCUACAAGUUGGAAAAUUGAGGAAUCUUCAGCUCUAACUCUGUUGUUGGCAUUCUAUAUAAAUGAAAACAGCAUUUCUCAUUUAGAUUACUCACCCUUUGCCAUUUCAUCUAUCUUGUACAAUACAAAAUCUAAAACGCAGUAUAUUUUGGGUAGUUAAGACAUGAAUAGAGUGUAAUUUAUUAUUUAAAAACCAAAGAAACUUUGUUAAUCGAGGGUAUGUUACAUGUUUUUCUUUUGGGGGAAGCUGCCUGUCCCCCAAUUUUAGUACUUCUGCAAUGUUGGAAAAGAACUUAACAUUUCCCAUUAUAUUACCUCACAGUAGCCCAUAUGCAUUUGACCUGUUUACCCUCCUACAAUUACUGUAUAUGAACAAAAUUAUUGCAAACAGCAUAUUAACAGUUUCUUACAAUAUGAUAACCCCCUUUAUCUUCCCUAGUUAAGUCACAUACAAAUACUGGCAACUAGAUGAUCUGUUGUGGAUGUCUCUGUAAUUUUACUCUAUUUCACUGGCUAUACCAUUGAUGUAUGUAUUUUGUACAAACUAGCAUUUCUACUAACAUUAGCAUAUAUUAGAUUAGAUUAA